CUCUGUUCUUAUGUGUCUCUCUUUCUCUGUCAACCUCUGGUAUCCAAGUUCUUGUGUUACUUCUUAUGCGUACGAUAGACUAAUAUUUUUCCCCAACGGUCUGCCCAAAUUGAAGCAACAGAGACCAAAGGCAAAGCCGCGGCCCAAACCGAAACCCAAAGCGAAACCGAAACCCAAGCCGAGGCAAAAGCACCAUGGCAUCAAUGGCACGGAGCUCAUGACCAACAAUAUCGAAUACCAUGAUGAGCCCAACGGACUGAACGAUCCGGAGGACGAGGCCAAUGAGACGGAGGACGAGGAUCCCGAUGGGGAUGGUAAUGGUACUGGGGAUGCUGAUGAUGAUGACGAGGAGGAGGACGACGAUUAUGAUGACCGCAUACGAGCCGAGAUUUAUUCGAAUUACCCGCACUACCUGCAUCCACCGUCGUGGGGGAUUAACAAUCCCCUGGUCCUCGCCUCGCACAGUCCGCACACUCUGGACGAUGACGAUGACGUGGUGGUGGAGGUGGUGACCAACAGGAAGCCACCAUCGUCCAACCACCACCACAACGAUGAGCUGGAGCACGACGUGGUCGUGGUGGUGGAUGCCGGACCCCACUCCCACUCGCAUCCGCACCAGCACACCUACUACAGCCACGGCGAUCAGAGCUCCACGACGGGAUCUGGACCACCGGGUCCGGCACCCACGAUUCCCAGCCCACCUAACACUGGCACCAAAAUGCACAAAACAGCACCACUCGGCGAUUUAGUUGCCGGCAGCGAUAUAACCCACCGCACCUACACAGGACCCUCGAUGGAGGAACGAGGUGGUCAGGAUGUCGAAGUUGACCUCUCAACGGAAAUAAUCAAGCAACACUUUCAGAGUACCUGUCACACGGCAUUGGACACUUGCCGGGAAGAUCCGUCCUGCUCAUCGUCCCUCCAGCCUAUGCUGACGCACUGUGAGCUCCACCGGUGCAAUCGCAACGCGUGCAUGUCCUCGUUGCAGGCCUUCUACAAGGGUCCCCAUGAGGACCUCAAUCUGGACAUCGCCUUUUGUCUCUGCAAAAAAACAAGCGGCGUCCAGCAGAACGGCAAUGGCAAUCGGCACGACAUGUGCAUGAUUGCACAGGAAAAACUGCAUCCAGUGUGCGCGCAGCGACCGCCCGAUAACAGUAAUCCGGCCAGCUCCAAUGGCAUUUACUACCAUCCGCCGCCCGCCUGUCACGUGGUCGCCGACAGCUGCAAGGAGGACCGCGAGUGCAGAUUAAAGUUGGAGUAUUACGAGCAGGCCUGUGCCGUGGAUAGCGUGACCAAAAAAUGUGCCGGCAGACCCAGUGGCUGUCGAACGGCCAUGAUUGGUAUUCUGGGCACCAUGUUGAGGACGACCUGUGCCUGCCAAGGAACGGAUCCCCAGCACCUGUACCAGUGCGUGGGAUGGCGACGUCUCCUGUGGAUGAACCCAUGUGUGGUUGAGGCUCAAAAGGAUUUCCAUAUGAAGCGGUUGGCUGAGCUCGGUUUCCUUACCACCACAACAACGACGACCACCACGACGACAACAACAACGACGACGACGACCACGCGGGCACCACCCCCACCUCCGCCCACCACAACAACAACGACGACGACCAGC